AUGGUUGGCUUUGAUAUGCGCGGUUUGACGCCUGCCCCGGUGACCCCCUUUACUCCCACCGGUGAAAUUGAUUACGAAGCCAUUCAACGCCUCGGAAGUUGGCUUGGUAGCAUUGAUGGUGUCAAAGGCCUUGUUGUCCUUGGCCAUGCUGGCGAAGGAACUUUUCUUACUCAGGAAGAACAAGUCUCUGUCAUCAAGGCUUUCGUGCGGUCUGUCAAUGGCAAGGUCCCUAUCAUCGCUGGAAUCACCGGUGAGGGAACCGAAGUUGCCGCUCUCGAGGCCAAGCGAGCGAAGGACGCUGGUGCAUCUGCUGGUCUACUAUAUCCCUCUCAUGGAUGGUUGCGCUUCGGGUAUCAGGAAGGGGCUCCACAGGAUCGGUACCAGCGCGUCUACGAAGUCAGCGGUCUCCCGCUCAUCCUUUUCCAAUACCCCGACAACACCAAAGCGACCUAUAGCCUGGAGACCAUGCUCGAUAUCGCCGCCCAGCCAGGGGUGUUCGCCAUGAAAAAUGGAGUCCGCAAUAUGCGUCGAUGGGAUACCGAGAUCCCCGUGAUUCGGCGGGAGCGCCCCGAUCUUCAGGUCCUGAGUUGCCACGACGAAUAUCUACUGCACACGGCAUUUGAUGUGGAUGGCUUCCUCGUGGGAUAUGGAAACAUUGCACCAGAGGCGUUGCUCCAGUUAAUCGACGCUGGCAAAGCCAAGGACUACAGGAGAGCUCGCGAGAUCCAUGACCGACUCCUGCCCGUCACUAAGAGCGUUUAUCAUCGCGGAUCUCAUAUGGAGGGCACAGUGGCACUAAAACAUGCCCUUGUUGCUCGUGGAAUCUUGAACUAUGCCGCUGUCCGGUCUCCUCUUCGUCCUCUAGGGAGCGGUGCGGAGGACGAAAUCUGUGCCGCAGUGAAAGCUGCCGGUCUGUCAAGAGUCAUAGACAAUUUCCUAAGCUUAAUAAACACUCAAUAUAUCGGUUACAUUAUGCUGAACAAUAACCUGGCGAUCAGCACUUACUCCUUAUUUUGCAUUCCUACUCUCUACCCCUUUAAGACAAAGGAACUAUUAGUUAUUGUAUUUACUGUAACGUUUUCAACGGCUAUCUACUAG